AAAAAUUAUUAAAAUUUUCAUUUUUCAUAUUAAGUAUUAGUUUCAUUUGAAUCUAUAAUCAUAUACAUAUAUCAAAAAUGGCUAAGUCAGGUAUUGCUGUUGGUUUAAACAAAGGUCACAAGACCGCUGCCAAGGAAGUUGCUCCAAAGAUUUCUUACAGAAAGGGUGCUUUAUCCAAGAGAACUGAAUUCGUCAGAAACAUCGUCAAGGAAGUUGCUGGUUUAGCCCCAUAUGAAAGAAGAUUAAUCGAAUUGAUCAGAAAUGCUGGUGAAAAGAGAGCUAAGAAGUUGGCUAAGAAGAGAUUAGGUACUCACAAGAGAGCCUUAAGAAAGGUUGAAGAAUUGAACCAAGUCAUUGCUGAAUCCAGAAGACACUAGAUUCAAUGAUAGUUUCAAACUAUUGUAUCACCAUAUAAUAACCAUUUAAGUAAAUUAAAUAUAAUGAUAACAUUAUAUUAUUUUAUUUAGAUCAUUCAUCUAUCUUUUAAUACACGUACAUAUAUUAUAGGA